AUGGCUGAUCUCAUGGCGCAAUAUUUCAAAGAGCACCCACAUGUAGAAAUAAAGUUUUCCAAUGCAAGCUCUGAAACAAGCAGUUGCAAUGAAACUGUUAAUGAUGGAACUCCUCCAUCGGAUCGAUACGAAGUUAUUAAAUCUUGUCGAGAAGCAAAACAGUCAGGAAAAUAUGUUUUGAAAUUAGACAGUACUGAUGAAGGUUUUCUUGUACUUUGCGAGAGCGACUAUGAAGGUGGAAGAUGGGUUGUCAUACAACAUAGAUUCAACGGGCUUGUUGAUUUUUAUCGUGGUUGGGUAGAAUACAAAGAAGGAUUUGGAGAAUUCGAUAGUGAAUUUUGGCUAGGAAAUGAUAAGAUCUAUCGGUUAACAGCAGCUGAACCUCGGGAAAUCCAUUUACUGCUCACGGAUUGGGAAAAUAACAGUACAGUCGCUAAAUACUCAUCCUUCCGGAUAGGAACCGAAUCACAGAAAUACGUUUUGACAAACCUAGGAACUUAUUCUGGUACUGCAGGAGAUUCUCUGCCGAGAGAAUUGCAUCCAAGAUUUUCAACCAAAGAUCAAGACAACGAUUCCGUCGGAGCCCACUGCGCUCAGCGCUUUCACGGUGCUUGGUGGUACAAAACUUGCCACGUGUCUUGCUUAAAUGGUAAGUAUGUUAAAGGAACGACCAGCGAGUAUGCGACUUCGAUGUGCUGGAAUACUUGGAAAGGAUAUUACUAUGGUUUGAAAUCGUCCAAGAUUUUAGUUCGCUAUUGAAAUUUUUACGCCAUUCAAUGAAUUGUUUGCUGCGUUUUACCCAAAUCUUUAUCUUAGUUCAUUUAACAUUUAAUAUAGAGCAGAAAUAAAUGGAAUUAUAUCGAAUCGCUUUACAAGGUAACAACUGUGUAAUGUAAAUAUAAAAUA